AUGCCUCCACAGAAACCAGCACCAGCAGCACCCAGUAACCACCUCCUCUUCGACCCCUGGAACUCCGCCUCCUCCGGUCAUCAGCGCUCCGAGUCAAAUCCCGGCACUGCAUGGCGACGAACCCGUGAAGCAAAGCUCGCGCAGCAGUUCCGCUCGGGCGACUGUACGAUAAACUCGCUUGUCUAUGAUGGCAUAGGCCGGACAUAUGAGAAGGGCGAGUGGGAGUGGGAUUGGGGCGGUGACGCGAAGGGAGGAAGAGGUGGGGAUGGUCGAAGUGGCAGUGGGAGGGCGAAGAGGGCUGUCGACCAGGACUCAAAGCAGAGGGAUAUUCGGAGUAUGAUGGGGCUGGGGAAGGGGGUCUUUUCAGCGGAAUUAGGUUUGGGAUUGGGGAAUAAGAAGGGUACGGGUGCAUUUACAUCAACACCACCAAGUUCAACUCCAACGCAAGCACCGACACAAAUACCAACACCACCAUACGAAGCAGAACCCUAUACCGAAGACCUCGCGCCCGGCGCAUUUAGCGGAACAAAUACAACUCCCAUUUCAGCGCCUCAAACUCAGACGCAAUCGAAGCCCGUCAGCAGCACCACCCGCUCUUCCUCAACACCCGCGGAAUCAAACAUCCUCCGCGGAGCUAUAAUCUAUAUAAACGGGCAAACAGCGCCUUUAGUAUCCGACCACAAGUUAAAGUCCCUGCUUGUUGCGCACGGCGCAACACUCUCCCUCUCGCUCUCCCGCCGCGUAACGCACGUUAUCAUCGGGAAGCCGAAUUCUGGGCCUGGGCGCGGCGCGGGAGGUGGGUUGGCCGCGGGAAAGAUUCAGAAGGAAAUGGCCAGAGGUGGGUGGAAGGGGAUGAAGAUUGUGGGGGUUGAGUGGGUUUUGGAGAGUGUUAAGGCCGGGAAGUGGCUUCCUGAGACGAGGUUUGCGGUCAAUCUGGGGAGUCAGCGGAGUGUGUUGGGGUUUAUGUAA